AUGAGUUUGAAUACUUACCAAUUUGAUCAAGUUAGAGUGAGGAAUAAGCUUGCUCGUAUGGUCAUCCUACAUGAAUAUCCCCUUUCAAUGGUUGACCAUAUUGGGUUUAAAGAAUUUGUGGUUAAUCUUCAACCUAUGUUUAAACUUGUCACAAGAAAUACUUUGAAGAGUGGCAUUCUUAAAAUCUAUGAUAAUGAGAGGGAGAAAGCUUUAAAGAUGACGGACAAGAAUGGAAGUAGGAUGGCAAUUACAACUGAUAUAUUUGUUUAUGUUCCUUCUCCACACAAGAAAGAUGUCCUUGCUAAAGUCCUUGUUGAUUGUUUUUUAGAAUGGAACAUUAAUAGGAAGUUGUCCACAAUAACUGUUGAUAAUUGUAAUACUAAUGAUGUCAUGAUAAGACUUCUUUUGAAUAAGCUUGAUACUAGUUCUCUUAUGUUGGGUAGGUCUAUGUUGCAUAUGAGGUGUGCUGCACAUAUUUUGAAUUUGAUUGUUCAAGAUGUGUUGUCUCUUAUUGGUGAUGGUAUUGAAAAGAUUCGUGAUAGUGUGAUUUAUUGGACUGGAUCACCAAAAAGGAGGUAG